AUGAACUUUUACUUCAUAUGGAACAUCAAUCAUACAAUCAAUAAACUUGGACUUAGAACAUGGAUAUCAGUAAAUAAAGAAGUUCGAAAAUUAGAAGGGUUAUUAUGCAUUGCUAAAAUCCAACAUCAGGUAAUCAAUUUGAUUUUCAUGUUUAUUAUCAACAAGAAAAUUACAUCAAUUUUAACAACACUAUUUGAGAGUGAAAUCGUUAAUCAUAUUACAAACUAUAAAAAGAAAAUAACACAAAUUGUAUUAAAUUUACUAUUUCAAAAUGAAGUUGAAAAUAAUACAAAUAAUAGAAUAAAUGAUGAUAAACAACAUGAUUAUAAUAAACAAACAAAAAUAAUGAUAAAUGAAUACGAAGAAUAUAAUAAUAAACAACAGAAUAUGAUUAAACAAAUAAAAUAA